AUGCCUCCAGAUUCUCUUGACAGUAAACUGCAAGUGAACUUCAACUCCAACGCAUCUACGUCUCCCAGAGUUGGGGUCAAAUCUAUACAUGUCCAAUUCCCACCAAAGCCCACUCUCCCCAGGGCUCACUGGGGUAGAAGGAUAACUACACACACACCCCUCCCUCCAGAGGACACUGAAACCCAGCCAGCAUCACAGAGCAGUGAUGAAAUGCUCUACUGUGAGGCCGAAGCCCCCCCAGUCGUCGAUAAAGAUAAACCCCCCCGGGAGAGUUCAGAAACAGACCUCGAGAUCGAAGAUACUGAGAAAUUUUUCACCACCGGACAAAGGGAGCUGUACAUGGAGGCCUGCAAACUGGUGGGCGUAGUGCCAGUCUCCUACUUCCUCCGGAACAUGGAGGAGUCCUACCUGAACCUCAGCCACCACGGGCUGGGCCCCAAGGGUACCAAGGCCAUUGCUAUCGCCCUGGUGUCCAACACGGCUGUGGUCACCCUGGAGCUGGCAGACAACAGUAUCAUGGAGGAGGGCAUCCAGAGCCUGGUGGAGAUGCUGCAAGAGAACUACUACCUCCAGGAGAUGAAUAUUUCCGACAAUGCUCUUGGCUUCCAGGGGGCAAAAAUCAUCUCAGAGUUUCUCCACAGAAAUUCCUCUUCACUCUUAAAACUUCAGCUAUCAGGAAAUAACUUUAAGGAUAAAUCUGCAGAGCUGCUGUGCCAGGCCCUGUCGGUCAAUUACCGAAUUAAGGAAAUGGAUCUCAGUCACAACCAAUUCUCUGAUAAGGGAGGGGAGCUCCUGGGACACAUGCUGGCCUCCAACAUAGGGCUUCUGUCACUGAAUCUGAGCUGGAAUCACUUCUGCUCGCGGGCAGCUGUGGCCUUGAGCAACGGUCUCCGGUCUAACAUGACCCUGAAGACACUGGAUCUCUCCAUGAAUGGCUUUGGGAAUGACGGGGCUGCGGCCCUCGCAGAUGUCCUCAGACUCAACAGCUGCCUGACCUACCUAGACCUCAGCAAUAAUGACAUCAGCAAUGAAGGGGUCACCAAGAUUAGCAGAGGACUGGAAUUCAAUGAGAACCUCAAAGUUCUGAAGCUUUACCUGAACCCUAUAAACAUGGAAGGGGCUAGCUCACUUAUCCAUGCCAUCAAAAGGAACCCCAAAUCCAAGAUGGAAAACCUUGACAUUUCCAAUGUGAUGGUGUCCGAGCAGUUCGUGAAACUAUUAGACGGGGUGUAUGCCAUCCACCCGCAGCUGGACGUGGUCUACAAGGCAGUGCAAGGCCUCUCUGUCAAGAAGAACGUCUUCCUGUGGUCAAACGCCAUGAAAAUGAUCCAGAGCUACGCGGACGGGAACAAGAUCACAGUCUUGGACUUCUUCAAGAGCUUCAACCCUACUGGGAUGGUGAAGAUGCCUGUGGGCAAGUUCUGGAAAGCCAUGAUACAGCAAAACAAGGUCCCCCUAAACCGGUUCCAACUCAGGGAGCUGGUCAAGCGGCUGGAUGACAAGACAGGCAUGGUGAACUUCAGGUGA